GGCUGCUAGGGCGGUCGUGCCGGAGGGAGUGGGGAAGGUGGUUUGCAGGUUUGUGUUGGUUGUGGUGUUGGUGGUUCGUUGGUGGUUCGUUGGUUGGUAAGUUCUUUGAUGCAAGUUGGUGAACUCUUCAAGAUGCUGAUGAGCUUGAGUGGUUCAAUAUCGUUGUUGGAAGCUUCUAUGUCCUUCCUUUAUAUACCGGUCUGGUCUGGUCUGGUCUGGGUCCGAUUAUCAACAACUAACUACGUAUUCCCAUCCCCAUCCCAUGUCGAAGAUCCUUUCGUAUUGUCAAGUGUCGGUAUGUUUGACGUCGUAACGGUCGUGGCGGCAUUCUCCGUGUCCGCCCUCCGAUGUCGUUCACCACUACUAGGAACCUGAUAUGUAGGAGACAGGCCCCCUUUGAUCCACCACGUUCUUCCGUCCGUUCUUCGGUGGUUUCAUGUCUUCCACCAAUCCCAGAAAGGCAGGCCAUGAUCGGGUGUUGGGGAAAGAAAGGGGUGUGGUUCUCUUCGAAACUCGACCCUGUCUG